GUCCUAGUCGUUGUGGCUGCCCCUUCGCCCAUCCCCUUCAAUCUGUUCAACCACACUCGGUCUCGCAACCACAUACGCGUCAUUUGAGCUGUGAGGCAGCCAUGGAUGCCCCAGAUAACAUCCCUGGCUUUCUGGACCCCCUUUUGAACCAUCUCUCGUCCGCCCUUCCGCCGAGUGUAUACGACGCCGUCCUCUCUCUCCUAUCCUACUCAAUAACCUUCUGCACGUCACUCUUCCACCUGCUCAAGGCACUUGCAUUGUCCAACCCCACAUCAUGGGAUGCACAAACCAUCCUUCCGCCCCUCAUUACCGUCCUCGGGGCGUACCUCGCGCUCGUGAGCUUCUACCGCACGACGGGGUGGAUGAUACGCACCACGUUCGCGUUCGUCAAAUGGGGGACCCUCCUCUCCGUACUUGCCGCCGGCGCAGGAUACUUCAUGGGCAAUGCGAACGCGAACGGGGGAAACGGCGUAGAUGGGCAAUUCCGCGGGAUCGUGCCAACCUUCGGUGGCAUGAUCCUCGAUAUGCUCAAUGGACAAGAUCGGAACGUCGCCGGGGGUGCGCGCACGAGUCGCACAUCUACCAGGUCCCGUACUCAAAGGAGGAAGGCGCCGCGGCCAAAGGCAUGGGAGUCAUGGGACCGGCAUCAAGAAUGGCAGUAUAACGACAAUGCGCAGAACCAGGCGGGCGACGGGGGAUCGGGUGUGCAGCAGAUAAUGGGUCAGAUUUUCGGCGCAGCAGGGCGCGUAAUACGAGACGGUGGCUGGUGGGAGGCGGCCAAGAACGUCGUGGAUAGCGCACUGCAGGACCCGGAUGCCGACGCGGAAGGCGAGAGGGAUGCUGGAUCGGAGGGGCGGCGGCAGCAGCCUCCCCGGAACGCGAAGACGAAGGCACAGUCUAAGUCUAGCUCGAAUUAGUCGUCGGUAUACUUAUAUUGGUUAUGUGUACCAUGUAUUCGUACUCUUGAUAUACAGUGUGGCAUAGGCCGCAUCAUGACAUGCUUGUACCGCU